AUGGCUUUGAGGGCAACCAACAAUUGGAGAUCUAUGCUAGUUCGGUUGGGAGAGAACCGAGCUUUUGCAACCUCAACCGCUCCCAAGAUGAAACCCAUUACACAAAACCUUCAUGCAAGUGAACCUACUGGGUCUACCUUCCGCCGUAUCAGGAAAUUUCUUACGAAGCCAGAGAAUGCACCGGUUGCCAUAGUGCUAGGGUUUAUUACGGUGCCUAUUAUUAUUGGGUUGCACAGCCUCAAACAGCAGCUGAUGCAUGCCCCGAGCGUCGUCUUCGAUAAGAAGAAGAGGGAAUCCAUGUUCGAGGUCGAGCAACCAGAUGUUGCCGUGAGCUCAUCCGACAGGUUUAUCAACAAAUCUUUCCUCAGGAAGGUGGGUCGUAUCCAGGAUCCUGGCAACCCCACCAUGCCUGAUCCAGUCCAACGUGACGCUUUCACUAGGCCUCGCACUGCGGAGACGCUCAAGACUGCUGGAGUGGACCCAAGCCGUCGCUAA